GCACGUGUUUUUGCUAAUCUGUUAUGCCAUGGCCAAUGAUGCCCUAGCAUUGGGCAAUUGGCGGCUGGCAGCAGAGCUCUUCAGCAAGGAGAUAGCACAGUGCCGAGAUGCUCUGUCUGCAGGCAAGGCCAAUGUCUCGGGCCUGUGCAGCGGCCUGUGCGGCCGAAGCGCGGCACUGGCGGAGAUGGGCCGCCAGAGGGGCAAGCUGGCAGCACAACCAGAAGUCCUGAAGGCGGCGUUGGCAGAUGCGCGGGCGGCAGUUGCGCUGGCAAAGCGUGUGGGCAAUGACGGGGAGCCUUUGCUGAAAGCUAUCCGGGCGCUGCGCUCUGCCCUGGUGGCCGCUGGCGAAGCGCCCCGGGAGGCCGAGGACGCUGCACGUCAAGCCGCAGACAGCGGUGCCUUCUCACCAACAGUACUUCAGCAGCUCCAGCAGCUUUCGCAGGGCAUCGUGUCUACAGCUGAGCUGUGUGCUGAGAUGGAUGCUGCUGCAGAUGACGGUUGGUCUCCAGGCACCUUCAGGUGGCCGCCUCGCAUGUCGCUGCCGACGCUACCUCCGGGUAGGCCUUCCGCAGCUUCCGUCUCGGACAAAGGCUGGGGACCGUACUUGCGUCAGCGUGGGGGCGAGGACAUGGUGGAAAGUGCUAGGAGCAAUGCCAUCAUGUUGGACGCAUUGUCAUUCCCCCUGUCGUUGGCCUGGCUGCUGCAACAGGAGUCCUUGGUGCGCUGCGAGGGGAGCGGGGAGCUGCACGUGGUCGUCCUGGGUGCCACUUCCAAGGCUGAGGUGAGAGUUCUACAGGAGUCGGACUACUGGGGGGAGCUCACACAGCUGCAGCAGGUCCAGCUGCACUUUGUCGGCCCCGAGAUCUCAAGCUCGAAAGGGCGGGCGGAAGUUCACGCCGUCCAGCCGCCUUGUGCCAAACAAUUCUUCCAGCGCAGGGAGGACCUGCUGCCGGAGAACGCAUUGUGCGUCGUCUUCAACGGUGGCUUUGGCAACUUUGUCGCUUCUGGCCGCGAUGAGCUUUUGUGGAGCUGGAUGCCGGACUUGCUGUUUCUAGCGGACAGGGGUUACUUUUGCGUCUUCUAUUGUGCCAAUGACUAUGCGGACCUCCGAGGGGAGGUGGCCGUGCACAAGGCGCUCAUCGGGUCCCAGUUUGCGCUGGCACCACGCGAGAAUCCAUUUGCCAUGGCCACCGUCUAUUCAGGGGAGGACAACUCGGGGGAGUGGUUCUCCGGUAACUCCUCCAUGUACGCUGUGAAGGGCUGCCAGACUGCAGCACGGCCGGAUGCGGUGUCGGAGAAAACUGACUUUGCUGACGUGUCCGUCCGGCGCCGGUUGGCUGCUUCAGUCUUGGAGCUGGCUAGGGCGGAGGCAAAGGCUUUGGUGCAGGCGCCGCUUCCAGUGGUGCUGCACACUUCUGUCAAGCCAGCCGAUGUGGUGCAUGCAUGUGCCGAGCCUGAGUGGUCUAUGAAGACCACUGAGGAGGGCUUCCGCUUCGAGGCACCCAUGCCACAAGCGGACGCCAGCAAGGCUGACGUGAACAUCUCUGACACCGAGAUUGCUGUCGCGGCUUCUGGCCAAGGUUGUCUGACGGUGGCUUGGCCCUCCCCGGUGGACUCCGCGACGGCAUCUGCCAGCUACUCGAAGAGGUCUGGGAAGCUGGUGGUCAAGGCGAAUCGUCAGACUGGGUGAGUCGCUG